UUCUUCUCCUUGUAUUUGAAAAUUUAAAAAUACCCCUAAAAUUUCUACUAUAAAAACCCAAAGAAAAAGUACCAAAGAAAAAACAUCGUCUACAAUCGCAACGCCCGAACUUAUAAUUUCUAAUGUCGUCUACAAAAAGUGCAAUGGACGCAACUGUAUUUCCGGAUGUUCCUCUCUCACAAACGGAUUUGAUUAUCAUUGGUGGGGUUUUGAUUGGUUUCUUGGUCCUUCUUAGUAUUUUUUACUGCUGUUGUUGCCGUCGAAAGAAGAAGACGUCGCCACAUGAAGUGAUCAUUGUUGAAGAAAUACAAGUAGAGACUUUUUCUGAGCCGCCAAAACGUGUUUCCUCGCAAAAACGCAGCACACCUCAACAAAUUAAAGCGCCACAAAAUCAAAAACCGAAAAGCGUGAAAAAGAAGUCCAAAUCAAAGAAGCCAAAGAAAAAUGCUGGCGACGAACUUCCAGUUAAUAAAGACUUGGCAUUGGCAGCUGGGGUUGUGGUGCCUGGGACUUACGAGGAUAUUGUGGAAGUACCAGUUGGCAAGCCAGAUAAAAAACAACAGCAAAAGGGAGCGGACAAAGGCGGUAAUAAAAAAGGUAAAAACAAAAAUAUAUUUAAAUUUGAAAAAAUUUUUAAAAUUUAUCAGAAGCGGCCGACGAUAUUUACAAUUGAAGAAUUUCUCUCUCUCUCUCAACACUUGUUAAAAUGGAUGUUGUAA